GCUCGACGCUGUCAAGCAGAAGGUUGAGGCCGCCGUCAACCCCGAGAAGCUCUCCGGUUUCAGCCUUUACUCGCGAUUCGCCCUCGCCGGUGCUGUCUGCUGUUCCGUCACCCACGGUGCCCUCACUCCCAUUGAUGUGUAAGUUGCAGGAUCAGCUCGACGACUUCACCAGCUAGCCGGGAUGAAGAAUGAGAAGAGGAGGAACGAAGAUGGACAUCUCGGACGGCGCAUAAACUCUCUCUUCAAUCACGCAUUGCCAUGCUCAGCGGCUGACAUGUUCCCCGUUUCAGCGUCAAGACCCGUAUCCAGCUUGACCCCGUCACCUACAACCGCGGUCUCAUUGGUGGCAUCAGCCAGGUCGUCAAGAAUGAGGGUGCUGGCGCUCUCAUGACCGGUUUCGGACCUACCUUCGCCGGUUACUUCCUCCAGGGUUCUCUCAAGUUCGGAGGAUACGAGUUCUUCAAGCAACAAUCCAUCAACCUCGUUGGCUACGAGACCGCCAAGGAGAACCGUACCGCCGUCUACCUUGCCUCAUCCGCGGCUGGUGAGUUCUUCGCUGAUAUCGCUCUGUGCCCGCUCGAGGCCACCCGUAUCCGCAUGGUCUCCGACCCCAAGUUUGCGACCGGUCUCGUGUCCGGUUUCAGCAAGAUCGUCAGCACUGAGGGUGUCGGUGCUCUCUACUCUGGAUUUGGACCCAUUCUUUUCAAGCAGGUUCCCUACACCAUGACCAAGUUCGUCGUCUACGAGAAGGUCGCCGAGUACGCUUACGCCAACAUCUUCGACCGCGCCACCACCAGCGCCAGCAUGAACACUGCCAUCAACCUCGGAUCUGGUUUGAUCGCCGGUUUCGCUGCCGCCAUUGUUUCCCAGCCCGCCGACACCAUGCUCUCAAAGAUCAACAAGACCAAGGGUGCUCCUGGUGAGGGUACCGUCAGCCGUCUCAUCAAGAUUGCUGGUGAGCUCGGAUUGAAGGGAUCAUUCAGCGGUAUCGGCGCCCGUCUCUUCAUGGUCGGUACCUUGACCGCCGGUCAAUUCGCCAUCUACGGUGAUCUCAAGAAGGCAUUGGGAGCCGUCGGUGGUGUCGAGAUCGCCAAAUAAAUCAGCGGAGUAGGUCAAUAGACUCCCUGAGGUUAAUAGAUCUGGCAAACACCAAACUUUUCACGCGUUGAGGACUUUUUUAUUUUUGGCGAUCUGGGUUUACUGCUGCAGCUAGGAGACACUCUCGAGUCCGCACGAGUAUCUGGAUGGCGGCGUUGACUCUCUCCGGAAAGAAGAGCGGCGAAGCGAAAUUACCUAAUAUCUGGAUGGCAUAGACGGAAUAGAGAUGCAUCUGAGCUUUUUCUGCGAACUCGGACCUGUACACUAGGACAUGCAGCGCGCAGGCG